AUGACGCUCCCUGGUAUCACGAAUCCGGCUGUACCAUACGGCAGCACCAUCGUUGUCACGGGUUGCAGUGGCUUCAUCGGCUCGCACGUGGUUGAUCAAGUCCUCGCUGCUGGUUACAAAGUACGCGGCACCUCACGCGACGCGAAGAAGAAUCAGUGGGUAAAGGCCUAUUUCGACAACAAGUAUGGCGAAGGUCAAUUCGAGCUCAUUACGGUGCCAGACCUGACUGAGGAGAAAGCGUUCACGGAAGUAGUGAAAGGUGCAGGAGGCUUCAUACACGUAGCACACGACAUGCGCGGGUCUGGCGACCCAGCAAUCGCCAUUCCACACGCUGUCAACAUGGCUCUCAGUGCCCUCAAAGCAUCCUCUGCAGCUGGAAUCAGAAGAUUCGUAUACACGUCUUCCUCCUUCGCGGUAACCCAGCCAAAGCCUGGCGUCAAGUUCACAGUUUCGGAGUCUACGUUCAACGAAGACGCUAUUCGCGCUGUCAAAGAGAGAGGCCAGGACGCAGGCGGUCCGACAGUGUACGCAGCAAGUAAAGUCGAAGUUGAACGUGCGAUGCAAAAGUGGAAGAAGGAAACUAACGCGCAGAUCAACAUCAAUUGCGUAAACCCGAAUGCAAACCUAGGUCCUGUGCUGCAGCCACAGCACCAGGGGUAUCCUACCACCGCUGGGUGGGUGAAGAACUUGUGGGACGGCAAGUACGAUGCUCUCAAGCAGGUGCCAGAACACUUUAUCGAUGUUAGAGAUGACGCAAAGUUGCACGUAAUCGCGCUUGCGCACCCGGAUGUUCAAGAGAGGAGAUUACUGGGCAUGGUCGCGCCUGCGCCGAUCGGUCGCAUCGUUGACAUUCUGAGGGAUCUGUAUCCGGAGAGGAGUUUCGAGGAUUUUGAGGAUCAGGGCACGGACGAGAUUACGAAUGCUGAAAAAAGCAAGGUCGAGGAACUACUGAAGGAGACGUAUGGGCAUGGCUAUACAGGUCUGGAAGAGAGCAUCAAGGCUAAUGCGCUGGAGCUGAAGUAG